UGCCACCACUUUCUUCUCUAUCUUUCUCUUCCUUUCAUCUACUCAUAAUUCCAAUCCUAAUUUUCCGGCAAUGGGAAGUCGUCGGAGUUUUCUCCGGUCGUGGUCUUCACCACUUUUUCUGUUCGUCGUAGUUGUUGCACUGGCAGCUACAUCCGCCGACGGGUCUAGGGCGGCGCGGGUGCCUUGCUACUUCAUAUUUGGUGACUCUCUUUACGACAGUGGCAACAACAACAACCUCACCACGUCGGCGAAGGUCAACUACUCUCCUUACGGCAUCGAUUUUCCGGAAGGACCCACCGGCAGGUUCUGCAAUGGACGAACCACGGCCGAUGUCAUUGGUGAAAUUCUGGGAUUUAAGGACUUCAUCCCACCUUUUGCAUCUAACCCUGACGACAGACAGAUACUCGUAGGGGUCAAUUAUGCAUCUGGGUCGGCCGGAAUUCUAGUCGAGAGUGGAAAACAAGGGGGUGACAACGUAGACCUGAGCCAGCAAUUGAGGAACCACGAAGUGACUGUUUCGCGCAUAGUUGAGAUAUUGGGGAGCAAAGUGGCCGCCUUUGAGUACCUAGGGCAAUGCUUGUACAUUUGCAAUUCGGGUAAUAACGAUUAUAUCAACAACUAUAUUCUGCCCCAAUCUACGGCCAUCAGGAAUCAGUACAACCCGGACCAAUUCGCCGCACUUCUCAUCACGCAAUACUCUGCUCAGAUUAACCGGCUGUACGAGUUGGGAGCAAGGAAGGUGGCGCUGGCUGGAAUUUCGAACAUCGGCUGCACUCCAAGUUUGAUAGCAACCUUGGGGACUAACGGCGCCCCCUGUGUUAACUCAGUGAACCAACUAGUGGUUCCAUUCAACACCAGACUAAAAUCGCUUAUCAGCCAGCUCAAGUUAAGUUAUCCCGACGCCAAAUUUGCCUACCUCGACAGCGUACGGGUUGGCACUCUUGUUGGCGCAGCGUUUAGGAUAAGAGCGACGCCGUGUUGUCAAGUUAGUACAGUAACGGGGCUGUGCCUUCCGAAUACGGUUCCUUGCUCUCAGAGGCCAUCAUACUUGUUCUGGGACGCAUUCCAUCCCACUGAACUCGCGAACCAGCUCGCUGCGCCCCUUUUCUUUCCGGCCAUCCAACGGAUAUUGUAAAAUUGCUACUCUGCCCAUUAUUGCCUGAUCAGCGCGCAGUUAACCUUUGGACUAGUGAUUUUUAAUACUGUUGGGGAAUAAGUUACCUGUAAGCAAAUGGGUGUUUAAAUUAACAAUAAUUAAGUGAACUAGAUAAUUGGCCCGCGCGUUGUGGCGGGAUUCUAUAUAAUAUUUUUUUUCUUGAUUUCUUGGAUCAUUUGUGAUAUAUAAUUUUUUAAAUGAACCUUUACAUUUGUG